AUGUCCACCCCCAUCACACCACUUCCCCAGACGCGCACACGCACGCCAUACGGGCGCCCAUUCGUGCUCGUCGUCCCUGUAUUGUUUUUGAACACCCUUUUUGGCUCGCAGGAGGAGGGGCAGGGCCGGGACGAGGCGGAGGCCGGUAACGCGAGGGAGAGUGAAGCGGGGGCGGGCGGCACGAAGGAGGUGGGCGGCGUGAAAGAGGCGGCAAGCGUGGGCGGAGCAGGGCGGCGUGCGCGGGCGGAGUACGACGGGGAGGAGGAGGGCGCCGCAGGAGGGCAAGGCGGGCGGGCGAGGCGGGCUGAGGAGUGCGAGAAGAGCGGCGCGGAGGAGGGCGCGGAGGAGGGCGCGGAGGAGGGCCGAAAGGAGAAUGAGGACGUCCGUGCGGACGUCCUCGGCGGCCUGUUGUAG